AUGAUACGGGUUAAUCACUCUGGGAAGCUUGAAAUGGCGCUGGUGGCUGAAAACAAAGUGGUUAGCGCACGUUUACUAUGUAAAAGUCCAGGAAUUUUAGCUGGCUUACCCUUUGCGAACGCAAUAUUCAAUGAACUAAACUUAACGGUGCACUGGCAGUACCCGGAAGGCAAAUCUCUUAACCCUAAUCCCACACAACUAGUGGGUGACGUUAUGGGCCGCGCGCGCAACGUAUUACUUGCAGAACGUGUGGUCAUUAACGUGUUAUCUCAAUGCUCAGGUGUGGCCACUCAAGAGCGGCGCGUGCGCGCGUUGGUAGAACAGGUCGGCUGGAAAGGCAAAAUUGCCGGCACCCGUAAAACAACUCCAGGGUUUCAAAUGGUCGAGAAGUACGGUCUGGUGGUAGGAGAGGUUAGUGGGCACCGGUAUGAUUUAUCCCAUAUGAUCAUGAUUAAGGACAAUCAUAUAGUGAUUAGUGGGUCAGUCUCCGCGGCGGUCAAUGCUGUGAGAAGGGCGCGGGAUAUUGCUUCAAAGGUAUUGACCGAGUGCAGGAACCUAGAGGAGGCCCAGGAGGCGGCCCGCCUGGGAGUCGAUGUAAUAAUGUUAGAUAAUUUUGAUAAAGAAGAUCUAGAGAUUGCGGCACGUAUACUGAAGAAGAGCUACCCUGACAUUCUGAUUGAAGCCAGUGGUGGUGUGACAGUAGAUACUGUGGCUGAUUAUGCUAAGAAUUUUGUGGAUAUAAUAUCGCUGAGUCAAUUGUUUUAUGGCAAUCCUGUCGAUUUUUCAAUGAAAGUGGUGCCAUAA